AUGGCGUUGUUGGAUUUGCAAUUAUUUGAUGAAGUUCGCCGAAUGAACAUACGCCAACUUCUCUAUCAAGGUCUCAACUUCGCUAUGAUUAUUUGCUCUGCUGUUAUGAUCUGGAAAGGACUCAUGGUUGUAACUGGCUCUGAGAGUCCUAUAGUCGUCGUUCUGUCCGGCUCUAUGGAGCCUGCAUUCUACAGAGGUGAUUUACUGAUGUUAACGAACGAUCAUUCGGACCCGGUCCGUACUGGUGACAUUACCGUAUUCAAAGUUGAAGGACGCGAUAUUCCAAUUGUUCAUCGAGUAAUUAAAGUGCAUGAAAAAAGUAAUGCAGAAACUAAAUUCCUCACCAAAGGUGACAACAACCAGGUUGAUGAUCGAGGGCUCUACGCCCCGGGACAGUUCUGGCUGACAAGAAAAGAUGUUGUUGGCCGUGCGAAAGGUUUCGUACCAUAUGUGGGUAUGGUCACAAUUUUAAUGAAUGAUUAUCCGAAAUUGAAGUACGCAGUAUUGGUUGGGCUGGGUGCCUUUGUUCUUCUUCAUCGGGAAUAA